UUCUAAAUUCUCCUCUCCCCUCUUCUUUCCGCUUUCUUCUUCAGCCUUGUUUCCACGGUUCUCUCAUGGCUUCUCUCCCUCGCUUGUCUCGCGAAACGGCCCAUCCCUACUUCUAGAACAUUCUUCCGCCUCAAAGCUCAUAAGAUCAUAAACCUCAACGCAAUGGCUCCAAGAACCCUACCGAUUCUGAAGCAACUCCUAUCGAAAUCAUCUUCCUAUAACACUAACUUCAUUGGGUCCAGAUUUGCCCCGAAGAGAUCCGUCACGUACAUGCCCCGCCCCGGGGAUGGGGCUCCCAGGCCAGUAACCCUAAUUCCCGGGGACGGAAUCGGGCCUUUGGUGACCGGCGCCGUCGAGCAGGUGAUGGACGCGAUGCACGCGCCGGUGUACUUUGAGCGCUACGAAGUUCACGGCGACAUGAAGAAGGUGCCAGAGGAAGUGCUGGUUUCGAUUCGGAAGAACAAGGUGUGUUUGAAGGGCGGUUUGGCGACUCCGAUGGGCGGUGGUGUGAGCUCCUUGAAUGUGCAGCUGAGGAAAGAGCUGGAUCUCUAUGCUUCGCUUGUGAAUUGCUUCAAUCUUCCUGGAUUGCCCACGCGGCACCAGAAUGUGGAUAUAGUCGUGAUUCGGGAGAAUACGGAAGGCGAGUACUCGGGGCUCGAGCACGAGGUCGUUCCCGGUGUCGUGGAAAGCCUUAAGGUAAUAACAAAGUUCUGUUCGGAGCGCAUUGCAAAAUAUGCUUUUGAGUAUGCAUACCUAAACAACAGAAAGAAAGUGACAGCUGUGCACAAAGCAAACAUUAUGAAGCUUGCUGAUGGUCUGUUCUUAGAAUCUUGUCGAGAGGUUGCAACAAAAUAUCCUGGAAUCAAGUACAGUGAAAUUAUUGUGGACAAUUGCUGCAUGCAGCUUGUUUCAAAGCCUGAGCAGUUCGAUGUCAUGGUGACACCUAAUCUUUAUGGCAAUUUAGUGGCAAAUACAGCAGCUGGUAUUGCUGGUGGCACAGGAGUCAUGCCAGGAGGCAAUGUUGGGGCUAAUCAUGCUGUUUUUGAGCAAGGUGCUUCAGCAGGGAAUGUGGGACAUCAGAAACUAGUAGAACAAAAGAAAGCGAAUCCAGUGGCCCUUCUACUAUCAUCUGCCAUGAUGCUGAGGCAUCUCCAAUUUCCAUCAUUCGCAGAUCGAUUAGAAACUGCUGUGAAACGUGUAAUUUCAGAGGGCAAGUACAGGACAAAAGACCUUGGGGGAGACAGUAGCACCCAAGAGAUCGUUGAUGCAGUCAUAGCAACCCUAGAUUGAUUCACAAGACACGCGUUUGAUCUCUGCUUUUCAACUAUAAAACCAACCAUUUGGCCUUGGGAUUCUUGACUGCUCACUGUCUUCCUUGUUUAUGUUUACUUUAAAAUUUUCCUCCCACCACAAUCGGUGAUAUUAAAUAGCAUCAAUCAGAGAAAAAAGAGUGAUGAUGUGAUGUGAAAGUUACAUGGUGGCUAUCAGGAAGUCUGAAGUCCAUUCUCUGAGUUUAAUAUUUUUUAAAUUAGUAGGUCAUGGCCCGGCUUUGAAAUC